AAAAAAGUCAAAAAAUCAAAAAGGCAACUCACUUCCCAAACGGAGGCAUUGUAGCAUUUAAAGUUAAACAUGGAAAUUGUCAAACUGGGCCUGAGUUGGUUCAGUGCAGAAGCUGAAAGAGCAGAGCAGCAAUAAUAAUGAAAAUGAAAAAAAUUUCUCUGACUCCGACUCCGACUCCGACGUUCAAAUCGAAAAAGGACUCCGAACUACUACUACUUCUACUGAUACGCUCUUUAUAUCGUAUCUUCUUCUUGUUCUUUCUUCUUCUCAUCAUCAUGCAAAAAGAUUGCUUGAAGAUUUCCACACACUCUCUCAAAAACCUGUCUUCUUCUUCGUCUUCUGGAAAGGAGUAUAUUUCUACAUAUAUAUAUAUAUAUAGAUACAGAGAGAGAGUAGAGAGAGAUGCAGAGCUUCAAAAUCGAGGCAGCAGCAGCAGCAGCAGCUCCUUCACCUAAUUCUGAUAUGUACUCCUCCCAUUUCUACCAAAGAGGAGAUGAAUUUCCCCUAAACCAGACGCGUUUUGCUGAUAUUGGGGAUCUUCAACAUUCACAUGCUGGGUUUCAUCACCAACACCAACACCAACACCAACACCAACACCAUGCUGUUGAUUUAAGCCCAAGCUCCAUAUACAUUAUGAAGACAAGCAAUGUUGCUGCUCUUAUCUCUAAUAACUUCCAGUUCGGUGAACUCACCUCCUCGAAGAUUACUUCUUUGGAAUUUGGUUCAAUGGGAACAGGGGUGGACAUAGGAAAUUUGAUGCUGCAGCACAGGGGCACUGCUGCAAUGGUGGGUUUGGGAAAUGGGGAUUUUGAAAAUUGGGGUGAUUCUGGAAUGGCUGACAACAGCCAACACACUGACACUUCCACAGAUGUUGAUACUACUGAUGAUAAAUACCAGUCUCAUGGAGUUCAGCAUGGAGCACCUGUGGUCGUGGAUUCAAUGGAUCAAUCCAAGGGAAGAACUGGAGAUCAAAAGACACUUCGUCGACUAGUUCAGAAUCGAGAAGCUGCUCGGAAAAGUCGUCUAAGAAAGAAAGCAUAUGUUAAGCAGCUGGAGCAGAGUCGGCUGAAGCUUACGCAAUUGGAGCAGGAGCUUCAACAAGCACGACAACAGGGUAUUUUUGUUGCUACCGGAUUAUCUGGAGAUCAUAGUCACUCAAUAGUCGGUAAUGGGGCCUUGGCAUUUGACAUGGAUUAUGCACACUGGCUCAAUGAACAUCAGCGACUAAUCAAUGAUCUGAGAUCAGCUGUAAAUUCUCACACGGGUGAUAAUGAAUUGAGCCUUCUUGUUGAUGGAAUAAUGUCACAUUACGAUGAAAUAUUUAGGCUGAAAGGUGUUGGUGCAAAGUCUGAUGUAUUUCACAUGCUCUCUGGCAUGUGGAAAACUCCUGCCGAGAGGUGUUUCAUGUGGCUUGGAGGAUUUCGUUCAUCUGAACUUCUCAAGGUUAUUGAUUGUUUCACGAUUCUUGGGAACCAUCUUGAGCCUUUGACGGAUCAACAGUUGAUGGGCCUAUGUAAUCUGCAGCAAUCCUCCCAACAGGCCGAGGAUGCCUUGUCUCAAGGGAUGGAAGCUUUACAACAAUCCCUUGUUGAGACAUUGUCGUCCAACUGUCUCGGCCCUACUGGUUCUGGAAAUGUAGCUGAUUACAUGGGACAAAUGGCAAUUGCGAUGGGCAAGCUUGCCACACUUGAGAACUUCCUCCAUCAGGCUGACCUUCUGAGGCAACAAACUUUGCAACAAAUGCAUCGGAUUUUAACCACUAGUCAAGCAGCUCGUGCGCUUCUUGUCAUCACUGAUUACAUGUCACGUUUACGUGCCCUCAGUUCUUUAUGGUUGGCACGCCCCAAGGAUUGAGACACAUCUCUCCCUGAGUGCUUGUGGAUUCAAGCAAUGCUUUUAACAGAAUCAAUCAGAGUCAUUUCACCUCUAUUAGAAAAUAUUGAAAGCAAAUGUACCGCGAAGAUAACCCUUGGUAUAGGUAAGAUCUGCUCCACGGCUUGAAGAAAAAUUACAUUACGGUAUAUCUGAGAAGUAACCAUUGCAUAUUUAGUGGGUAGUUUCGAGAAAGUCAUUAAUACUAAGUCUAUGUUGUAAUUAAGGCAUGUCCUAUGUUUGACUGAUAGGUGUUAAAAUAGCGUUCUAAUGCAAUAUUAACCUUAUUUGGAUACUGCUAAUACUUUGAAUACUUGGUGCUUGUGGGCAAUACCAUUAAUUUCAAAUAUGAAUUCAAGUA